GCAGGCAGCAAUGUGGAUUGCAGCGAUGAGGAGAAUGCACUUGUGGAAGUUGUCAGAACAGCCCAGGCAGCAUUCUCACAGUCCUUAUCCACUGCCCUGUCGAAGUUUGGCCGCGCCGAGUCAUGUGAGACCACCUCUGCGGGAACCGAGCGCUUGCUACGUGAGCAGGCCAUCGUGGAUGCCAACUCCUCGCAGGCCUCCGGCCAGCAGCGCGACUCCUCAGCCUUGGCGGGUCUAACAACUGUGAUGGUCAAGAACGUGCCUGUGAAGUACACACAACGAAAACUUCUACGAGAAAUUUUGAACGCUGGCUUCCAGGGCAAGAUGGAUUUCAUUUAUCUUCCUAUGGACCCUCGGAAUCGCUGCGCGCGUGGCUUCGCUUUUUGCAAUUUUACCACACCAGAAGCUGCGCAGCAGUUCUUUCGUACUUAUCACAAGUCCCAUCUCAAGAGUUUUGACUCAGACCAGCCUUUGGAGGUCAUGGCUGCUGAGAUUCAAGGAUUUGAAGCAAAUGCAGAGCACUACUUGGUGGUGAAGGAUGGGAUGAUUGCAAUGACGAACACGGCUUGGAAGUCCAGCUUGUGUUGGCAGUCUUGGCAUGGAGGCCAUCGCAUGGCCUGAAUCCUGCAGCACGCACACUGUGAGCUUUGAAUUUUGGAGUUGCAGCACUUGACUGCAUCACAAUGCUCCUUGUAGGUUGCGUGUGACGGUGGCAGGAGCAGCAUUCUGUGCAAUAAUUGCUUAGCCUUCAAUGUCACGGUAGAGGCAGACUCGGAAUCGUGAGCUUGGGUUGGAGGAUGUUGGAGAUCUCGAAGGCACAGCGACGCCAGGUCGGAAAGUGUGGUGAUUUCUCUGAGAAGCCCCGCCAUAGUCCCCGCCAUAUAUAAGUUGCGAGUGCGUCAAGGGCUUGCGUGAGGGAGCAGCCGGUAUACGGCUUUAGGAGGUGCGAUGGAUAGACAGUGCUUGAUCGUGUCUUGUAGCACACUCGUAUUUGCAGGUCACGAAUUGCAUUAAUGGCAGGCAUCCACAGCCUGGCCCGCUUCAAAAGCCCCACUUGAUAGAUUACACCAACACAUGUUACAUUUAAUUUCAAGAUUGCAAACUCAGAGUCACCAGUUCACUCUCUUUUGGAUUGCCCGAAUUUGGUUGAGGCGGUUGAGGUAUUUUACCACAAUGAUAUAUAGAUUUUGCGAAUCUGAGAAAUGAAUUUUGCCAGAGGGCUUGUUCCACCGAAAUGGAUAUCGAUAUGCACUGGUAGCUAAUGUAUAGUGACCAAACAAUUGACGGGCACAUCUUCACUUGUGUCAGCGGACACUUUAGUGGCUCAAAAGCAAACAAUCCACCACAUGCUAGUGACUAGUGUCAGUUUGGUUGGUUUCCUAUCCACAGUAUCAAGAUAGAUUAAGAACAAGACGCAAUCAAUUUGGUGAUCAAUAGCUUAUCUUUUUGUGCUCUUUUGUUUUCUGAUUGUUAUUCCAGGCUAGCCGCAAGGAGAAGGGACGUGACACCUUGGGCUGUCCCACAUUUUUGCGGCCUUUGCCCAGGCAAUUCCUAAACCAAAUUCGCGUUGAAGAGGGUGGUGCCGACGCAAGCCACGUUGCAGCAGCCUCCAGUCCGAGUGAGACAAGGCC